AUGUUUUUCAAUGACUUCAUCAGGAACGUCUCUGAUUUCAAGAGCCUCUGCGCCCCUGUCCUGCAAGGCUUCACCUGUGCUGCUGCCAGCAGUUUGGACACCGAGAGACUCCAAGAACUUGCCAAGGCCAUAAAAGAGAAAAACAUCAGCCUGGGGAAAGAUCAGCUGCUCUGCCUAGCGAACAAGUUGAUGCUCCAUGGAAUUCCCCGUGAUUUCAAUAACUAUCCUAAUGACUUGGUGCUGUUUUUAAGUCCUUCAGAUUAUGGUGCAAUUGGAAGCUGCAAAGAGUAUGUUGCCCAUGUUGGGAAAGCCAACAUUGACGUGCUGGAGAAGGGUUCACCCCAACGGAGGCAGCUGCUGGCGGAGGCCUUAGAUUGUCUGAAAAUCUCUGGACUGCAUGUGAGUGAGGAAAAUGCUGAAAUUCUGGGCCACUUGGUCUGUGACCUCAGUGCAGAUUACUUCAAAACCUCUGGCAAGAAUAUGCUGAAACAGUUGACUCGGUGUCAGUCCUUCAGUGUGGAUCAAGCCAAAGCAAUUCAGGCCAUCCUCUGCAGUGGAGACACCCCUGUUGGGCCCCCUUCAGAGUGGUCAUCCAGCACCCUCGAAAAACUGAGCGGCUUGUUCCAGAUCUUUGAUUACUGCAUCCUGCAGCAAAUCCCAGCGAGUGUCUUAUUGCCACGGCUGAAGUGCUUCCGACACACACCCUACCUGCUGAGAAAAGAGCUGGCCUCCUUGGUGAAGAACCUCCAGCCUGCCAGGCUCAAGCGUUCCUCGGACUCGCAGUGCCCACCUGGCAAAAAUGUGACUGAUGAGAUAGCGCAAGAUGAUCUGAUGCCUAUUGAAUAUACUGUCGAGGAGCUGCGCGAUUGCUUGGGAAUCCCCGUCUUGAUAAGAAACCUGGGAACACUCUCAACCUUCGCUUUCACAGACGAACAGCUGCCUGUGAUAAAGGCAAAGCUGGACGAGACUGGAUAUCCGGAUCAGGUACUCCGCAAUCUUGGAGACUUCAAGGAUUUAAUGAGUCUUGAGGACAUUAAAAAAUGGAAGUUCAACUCGACAGAGACACUUGCAUCACUGCUGAAUGACAAGCUUUCACCUGAGGGGGCCACUGCAAUAAUUCAUCAGUAUACUGAUUCUGGGGGCCCACUGAACGCUGCAGCCCUGAACGUGAUUGGCACCAAAUACAUCUGCCUGCUGGAUUCAGAUCAGCUUGAGAGGAUUGAUGAAAAUGCCAUCAACGGAACUAAUCCCCUGGAUCUUUCCAACUGCACCCAAACCACCAAAGACAUCCUGUAUCCCAAAGCCAAGCGGGCUUUCUCUGACCGACACAACCCCCCUCGAUAUUAUGGCCUCAUCAAGUCGUAUCUAGGAGGAGCUCCAGGAGAUGACCUGAGGGCGCUCAGCAAAGAUGGCGUCAACAUGGACAUCAACACGUUCAUGAAGUUGAGACCGGACUCCUUGUUGAGUCUAACACCCUCUAACGUCAAGGGCUUACUGGGAGAACAUCUGAAGGAUCUAAAGGGCCAGGAGAACAAUUCCCCAGUUAAAGAAUGGAUCGCCAGACAGAAGCAAUCGGAUCUGGACCAACUGGGCAUUGGGCUGGUGGGUGGGACGCCUGAUGGAUACGUCAAUAUCACACCCAGACACCAUGGACCUCCAGAGGCAUCAGGGGCCACCAAGGGCCACUCCCUGCAUCUCUACCCCUCGCUUCUCCUGACUCUGCUGCUGACCUCCUUCCUAUCAUGACGUUUUCCCAGCUUUAAAAAAAAACAGGGAACUUAUGCUGGAGACCAAAUCUCAAUUAUUUUGCCAGUUUUCUACCAGUUGGCAGAUGUGCCUGCAUUAGGAAAUUACGGAAAUGCAAGGUGGGGGGAGAAGGCGAGGAGUGGAGAGAUGAGGGGAAUUCCCUCCUCCUGCCAUUUUGGGAGGGCGGGGGUGGGGGGGUCAGUAACUUUUGAAAAACUGUUGUUUCCUGCACUUGGCAAUGUGAAUUUGAAAAGCAGGCAUGCACAAGGUGGGGGCACAAGAACUUCCACCCUCUGAAAAGUCAAAUGCUAGGACUGGAAGGAAGGAUGCAAAUCGAGAUGAACGCUGUUUAGUCUAGAAGUCCCAGGGAAGAGUUCCUCUUGAGGACUAGCGUGCCUCCUUUUUAACUUACUGAUGGGGGAACAU